CUUUUAUAAACCGGGCCAACAAAGCCAGAAGUCCCACACUGCAUCAGUUUUCUCCUCGUGCGCUUCAACUCUGUAAGAGCACGCUUUAAACCGUCUAACCUAUAGCCUGCAUGAUUGCAUAUACAUUUAAAGUCCAGCUCCCUGUUUCUUUUUGAGUUUCUCCAGGACCGUCCCACCAUGCAUCUCCAGUUCGUCCUUUGCGUAACGGCCCUGCUCGUCUGCCCGUUCCUGAGCGCCGGGUCGCGGAUAGCCAAACGCUUCGCCAUCGGCUGCUCGGAGAAGUGCGACAAGUCCCAGUGCCCGCCGAUCCCCGAGGACUGCUUGGCCGGAGACGUACUGGAUCGCUGCGACUGCUGCCCGGUGUGCGCGUCCGGGGAGGGCGAGCAGUGCGGCGGCACCGCAGACCGCGAGUGCGCCGAGGGGAUGGAGUGCGUGGUGACCGACGGCGUGGAGGUGUCGGUUACCGUCAGGCGGAGGGGCAAGGCCGGGGUGUGUGCGUGCUCCAGCCCCGAGCCGGUGUGCGGCAGUGACGGGGUCUCCUACCGGAACAUCUGCGAGCUGAAGCGCACCAGCAACCGGGCCAUGAAGCUGCAGCAGCCGCCGGUGAUCUUCAUCCAGAGAGGAUCCUGCGGGAAAGGUCAGCAGAACCCGGACAGUCUUCGUCACAAGUACAACUUCAUCGCUGACGUGGUGGAGAAGAUUGCCCCCGCUGUCGUUCAUAUUGAACUGUUCCGCAAGAUGGUGUUCUCCAAGCGGGAGGUGGCGGUCGCCAGCGGCUCUGGCUUUGUUGUGUCAGAGGACGGACUCAUCGUCACCAACGCCCACGUGGUGGCCAACAAGCACCGAGUCAAGGUGGAGCUGAAGAGCGGAGCCACGUUCGACGCCAAGAUCAAAGAUGUCGACGAGAAGGCCGACAUCGCCCUGAUCCAGAUCGAUGCCCCGAUGAAGCUGCCGGUGCUGCUGCUCGGCCGCUCGGCGGACCUGCGUCCCGGCGAGUUCGUGGUCGCCAUCGGCAGCCCCUUCUCCCUGCAGAACACCGUCACCACCGGCAUCGUCAGCACCACCCAGCGGGGGGGCAAGGAGCUGGGGCUACGCAACUCUGACAUGGACUACACAACCGACGCCAUCAUCAACUACGGCAACUCAGGAGGACCACUAGUCAAUCUGGAUGGAGAGGUGAUUGGCAUCAACACUCUGAAAGUCACGGCAGGAAUCUCCUUCGCCAUCCCCUCAGACAAGAUCCGGCAGUUCCUGGCCGAGUCACAUGACAGACAGUCCAAAGGUAAAACGUUCCAGAAGAAGAAAUACAUCGGCGUCAGGAUGAUGAGUCUCACUCAAUCGCUUGCCAAGGAGCUGAAGGAGAGGCAGCCAGACUUCCCAGAUGUCACCUCUGGGGCGUACGUCAUUGAGGUCAUAAGCCGGACUCCAGCUCAGGCCGCUGGCCUGCAGGAGAGAGACGUCAUCAUCAGCAUCAACGGCGAGCGGAUCUCCACGGCCAGCGACGUGAGCGCAGCCAUAAAGCGUGACGAGAAGCUGCAAACGGUGGUGAGGCGAGGCAACGAGGACGUCAUCCUCACCAUCGUCCCCGAGGAGAUCGACCCUUGACCUCUCAACUGAAACAAGUAAAACAAACCCAACCAGUCAACCAAUCCCGAGCUGGCUCUCAGUGUUUUUCAACCAAAUAUGAACACUUUGAAAAACCAAGCAACCGACAGGUGUAUGUGUGUGUCUGGGGCCGCACCUACUGCGUUUAAAAACAUUUAAUUAUUAGCACUACCACUCUUUCAGGCUGUUAAGGCUGUUUUAUGCUUCUGCGUCAACUCAACGUCGCACCUACGCCGUCGUAACCUUGUAACUGGUUGCAUUUCAUCGCCAUAACGCUAGGGGGUGUCGACUGUGUCUGUAUCGGUCACCACCGAAACGGUACUCAGAAUGGCAAACCCCUUGAAAUAUGAAUCUUAUUUGUUUGGCCUUUUCUUGCUUAGUUUUUGUAAAAAGUAUCGAGAAAUAGACCCAGUAAAAUCCAUUGACCUAGUUACUGUAACCAGAAAAUAAGUGUGGGGUUAUUUGUGAGGUGUCUGCCAGCCAGUCUAUGUUAUGUUAGCAAACUAGCUUUAGCACAACUGCCCACAAAGUACUGCUUGGUGGCGUUAAUUUCAAAACCUACUGACACAUAGACAAUAUACUAUGUAGACAUAAAGUCAUGUAGACAAAGGAUAAACCCGUCAUUGUAACCAAAAUAAUGCAAAGCUGACGUCAGUGAACUAGCAUGUUGCUAAUCCCCACAGUAGGCUGCUUGAAACAUCCACCAUCAACACACAGGACGAGUUGACCAAUCACAGUCCACGCAGUCUGUGUUGCUACAAUGCAAAGUUACACGUUUUUGGAGGUGCGGAGAGGCUCGUAGAGGGGUUUGCGGCGACUGUUCUGCGGGGGUACGCCGUUGAUUUGACGCAGAACCAAAAAAUAGCCUUUACUCUCGCAAACGCCUCCAAAAGUCCAACGUCAGGACCCUGAGGACUGAAGCUUCAACCCUUCAACUUCUCAUGCUAGUUUUUCUUCUAAUCCCGAUUUACUUUCCAUCAUCACAGACCGUUCAUAUUCUACUAACGCCUCUGUCGCGACAGAGGUCACUGCAGUCUCCCUUAGUUCUGUUUUGUUGUGUAUGUUCUUGACAGAAUAUAUUUUUAAUAGUUUUUCUGUUUCAAUGUGUUUGAUGACAUUUUUUCAACAAAGGGAAUAAACUUAUUUUACAAAACUGUUGUCUUUA